UGUUUAUACAUAAGAAGGCGUAGGAAGAAAGCGCGAUAGUAAGAAACGAAUAUCAACAACCACCAAAACAAAGCAAUGGGCGGUAUCCUUUCUUCGUUCUUUGGUGGUGGCGGCGGCGAUGAGACGUCGUACUCGGAGGGGCCUUCUCGCGUGCUGUCGUUCCACUCGUCGGCGCGAUGGCAGCUCCACUUCAACGAGGUCAAAGAAUCCAGCCAGCUCCUCGUGGUAGAUUUCUCGGCGUCGUGGUGCGGACCUUGCAAAUUCAUAGAGCCAGCGAUUCACGCCAUGGCCGAAAAGUUCACUGACGUUAACUUCGUCAAGAUUGACGUCGACGAAUUAUCGGAUGUGGCGGGGGAGUUUCAGGUGCAGGCGAUGCCGACGUUCGUGUUGUUCAAGGGAGGGAAGAUAAUUGACAGGGUUGUUGGCGCAAAGAAGGACGAGCUCGAGAAGAAGGUUGAGAAGCAUCGAGCUUAGUUAUCCAGCUAUGUACUUUUCCUUUUCGAGGGAGGACAAAUAUUUGAAAGUGUUUUUUAUGAUGAUCAUGAUGGAUUUGUAAAAUUUAAACUUGUUUGUUGUUUCUUCAUUAAGAUGAUGUCUAUUUCAUAAUUUAGCCAAUUAUAAUUAUAUAACGAAAUUCAAAAUACUA